AUGGCUAACUAUGUCUCAAAUCCGAUCGAAAUCUACGGCAUGCGCAACGUCCGUGAAAACAUCAUUGAGGUGUUCGGGAAACAUGUAAUGGAGCUCCCGGUCAAGUUAUUUAUGAAAGGCCUUCUUCCCCCAUUACAUUCAAGCAUCAUUAUCGAGGAUGUCAUCAAGAAGCUCAAACGCGGACGUCAUCCCGAGAUUGUCAGAGGCCGGUGGAGAAGAUUCAAAGGUGAACCGAGCAAGUCUGGCAAAGCGGAGAACGAUACUUUCCAACCGCUUGUCUACAUCGCGCAGGCUGCAGCCAGAGCAGCUGAGGUUGAGGACCUCCCACAGUUCGAUUUUGUCCAAAAUUCAGAUUGGGCGUGUGAAGACAGUCGUAGGCGAUCAAAAACCCGACCGGACGCGUACUUUGUGCUGCGCGGGAAGUCCGGUGGAACAGCGUCUUGGAAGGACAUUGGCGCGUGCAUCGAGUAUAGCAAGCACAAGUCCAACAACUGCCGAGACCUCGGCACACCUGGCUUCAUAGCUGAAGAAGUCGCCGCACACCGGUAUACUCAUGGGGGCGGUCGUCUCGGAGAGUCGACCGAGAAGCCUACUCCUGUGUCUGUGAUAAAUGCCAUCUUCCGCUAUAAUCCACUGCAUGAUCUGGAGUCUAUCUGGUGGGUUGCCUACUACUACAUCUACCGGAGGAUCGUCGUCAGCGUGGAUGGCACUCCAGUCCUAGCCGACGAUGAGUCCCAAAUGGAAUGGCCUUGCGAAGCGAGUCAUUGUGCGAGGAGAACAUUCUACGACAGGAGUGUGAGGUCCCACAUGCUCUCCCAAUAUCUACCAAUCGCGGACCUAUAUUGUUGCCUCCACAAGUCGGUCCUUGGAAUCGCCGAAGUGCUCCAAAAGCUCAAGCGCCGUCUUGUGGAGGUCUACUUCGAGGCGGAGGAGGACUGGAGAACAAUCGAUCAUGCCGUCGGCGAGAAACACGAUUUGACGAACACCUUCACGGCUGUCUUCGAGAUGAUUGCUAUCAAGCAGCCGCGCGGUAUAAUGAUCGGCCGCUUUGGAGCGCUGACAGAGGCGAAACAAGCUGACAACGCUGUUCAUGAAGACGAGAAGUCUGCUACCUCAUCCGGGACGCAUUCAACGGACCAAGAGAGUCGAGCUAUAUCUGCUCCUCGAAAGCCCCAUCCUUAUAUUAAACCUGCGUUCACUCCUCAUAAUACCCCUACACUACUACGCGUAUAUCACACCGGAGGGACCAUGAGUUCUGGAGCCAUAACAUUAGAGGGGGCAUUCGCAGUCUAUCUCCUGAGUUUAUACCUGACUCAGUGGUUCAGUUACGAUCGGCAGCGCUACGCGAGGUGUCUUCGCCUCAUGGAUGCAGCACAUUCCGCUCAUCACAAUAAGUUAUGCGAAGACGCCGUCCAAGCGUUCCGGGAUGCAAUUUCAUCGCUCUCGGCGGACUACGAAACCCCAUGUUCGGAAUCGGAUGAGCCUCAAACAAUUAGAAACGCAUAUGCGGGACUCAAUAUGGACAAGAUUAUUACUUUAAUGGGAUGCUACAAUGGCCUUGCUUCGUGUAUGAAAGAACUCCAUCGGUUCGAGCAGGGGCUGUAUGCCUUACAAGAGGUGGAAGAACUGUAUGCAAUAGCCCAACGUUCAUGUCGCCCUGCGCUCCACGAGUGGGAUCUUGAGUCGAGCAUCCCGCAACUCAUGCGCAUAGAUCUUCAGUACCAACGUCUUAAGGGACUUGUCGGCAUGAGCGAUGCCUUCCUGGUCCUCGGAAACACUGGUUCAGCGUCGCAGCGCGGCCUCUUUGCGAGCGCAAUAAUAAUAAGUCUUCCCGCUCAACUCUGCACGAGCGACCUUCAGUCUCUCAUGCCAGCCGAGAAGGUGAGACAGCUUGGCUCUUUCCGGCACCCGGAUCCGGAUUUGCACGUCAAGCACCAGCUUUCAAGUGAAGCAUUGCAAGUGAGGGGCUCGUGGCAGAAAGUAUCGAUGCGUAAGGGCACAGGCAGACUAUACAUGGCUGGUGGGCAGCACAUUACGAAUGAUAUCGUCCCGGAAAACUGCAGAGACUUCUGGUGCCUUGACCUCAACGAUGGAGACGGCUGGCGGAGACUGCCCAACAUCCCCCCGCGCAACCUGAAGAACCAAGGCUGGAAGAUGGGUGUGCACAAUAAGAAGGCGUAUCUGUUUACCGGCUCGCCCGCGGUGGACGUCUUUGAUCUGGUCACCGAACGCUGGAUCAGGCUGCUCACCAUGUUCGUCGGACCCGACGAUGGCUGGCAGCCGUGGCAGUGGUCCGGCGAGGUGCUUCCAGGCUACGCGAUGGAGGUUGGUGCAAUCUUCUCGCGGCAACUUGACCUCUCGACCGGUGAAUGGGAGACUUUGUCUGGCAGCUCUGAUCGUGCACCGGCGGAUUACGACGGUCCGGGACCAAGGCAACAUGUUGCAAGUUGGGUCAACGCGGAGAAAAGUCGGAUCUACUUCAUGCAAGGGAUAGCUGACUUGCUUGUUGAUUCGCCGUUCGGAACCAAGCAGGCAUGCUCGUACGACGAUCUCUGGAGCUGGGACAUCGACGAGCGCAAGUGGCGGCGCGAGAGGCUCUCUGGUAAUAAGCCAUGUGCGAGAGGGGAGAUGUCUUGUACAUACGUGCGCGUUCCCAUUGAUCAGUACUUCAGCUUCAGCUAUUUCGCGGAUACGUUUGUUUUGGAGCACAACUCACCAAAGCCGAGGUGGAGGCAUGUCCUGACGCGAGGCUUCCCGACUUAUCGUGCAAUGGGUGCUCUGCGUACCGACCCAGACACCGGAAGGAUGUAUCUCUUUGGCGGCUACACGAAUACUAGCCUAGUACCGGACACCAAACACAUCAACGCUCGCGGAUUCUUCGAAGAAGUGGAUGUAGUUGAGGAGCAAAGAACAGCACGUCUGGGGCCGUGGCAGAAGUGCUUCACCUGCGGCUCUGUCGGGCCUUGGAAAAAGUGCGGAGGUGCUUGCAACGGUCGAGCAUUCUUCUGCGACAGUCAAUGCUUGAAAGAUGGGUGGGCGGAACACAAGCAGAUCCAUGCUUGCAGAAAGUGA